AAUCACAGCUCAGCUCAGUUUGUUUGAAGUCACAGGCCUGGCCAGUAACCGACCUGCACCUACGCUCCUGUCGUCCCGUAAGGCAGCCACAGGAUCGGGCACCCCGCUGCUCUGCAUCCUGUUUGAGACCAACCCGCUGGACGAGAGCGCCAACCAGCGGCUCCAUGUGGAAUCACAGCCUUUAGAAAUCAUCUAUGAUGCUAUAACGGUGAACAGCAUGUCGCUGUUCUUCAUGCCUCCUGACGACCUGCAGCUGGACGAGCUCACCAACGCCACCCUCAUGAAACUGGAGCAGUUUAGAGACCGCACAGCCACAGGUUUAAUGUACGUGAUCGAAACCCAGAAAGUUCUGGACCUGAAGGUGAACCUGAUGGCCUCAUAUGUCAUCAUUCCACAGACGGGCUUCUACAACGGCACGCAGAACAUCAUGCUGCUGGAUCUCGGUCAUUUCCAGAUGUCCAGUCAAAGCAAGAAGCACCUGCCUCAGCUGUCAGUGGGCUCCUGCAACAUUGAAGACCUCAUGUCGAGAGCGUACGACAGCUUUGAUAUCCAGCUAAGCAGCCUGCAGUUUCUUUACAGCAAACCAGAUGGUGACUGGAAAAUGGCCCGUAAGCAGAAGCGUUCACCUCUCCACAUCCUAGAGCCGGUGGAUCUUAAGGUCGUUUUCAGCAGGGCGAUGGUCGUCAAAGACUCCCGCAUGGCAAAGUAUAAGAUGUCAGGAGAGCUCCCCCUGCUGUCUCUUCGUAUUUCUGAUGUCAAACUUCGGAGUGUUCUGGAGCUGGUAGACAGUAUCCCACUGCCCGAGAGCAGACCUGCAAACAGCUCGGCUCCUUCCAAGCCGAGGUCGUUCACCCCUCAGCUCACUCCCAGGAGACCUCUGAACCUGGCUGACCAGCGCUCGUCUCUCAUGUUCGAGUCAUGUGAGACCAUCAGCAUCACCUCAUUGGGUGAGAGACACUGCACAUCCAGUAUCCCGCUUUGCCCCUCAAAAAUCCCUUUUUCACACAUGCACAAAUCUCCUGAAAACUUUAGGACAUUUUGA